AUGAUAAAUACAUUUAAAUCAUCAAUCUUAUAAGAAUAGAUCCCAAAAAAUAAGUUUAGGAUUAAAAGUCAUUUAAUUUUAAAUAUAUUUCUGAAAGCAUGUUAUCUAUACAACUUAAGAGUAAAGAUUGUUUUAUUAAAAAAAAUCUGCUGUUUAGAUAGCGAGAUCUAUUUAAGUAAGGUAUUUUAAGUAUUUGUUAAUUUAACUUUGAAAAAUGAAAAACUAAGGAUCUUGACUAUCAAUAGAAGGUAUUUUAAUAUAAAUUUUUGUUAAAUUGAUAUUUUGGCAUAAACUCUAAGUCAGCUGUUUCAUAUAAUUGGUGUAUUACUUGUUUAAGUAAAAAUCUAAACUGAUUUCUUCAAGAGAUUUUUGCUGCUUUAUGAAUCCAAACAAUAAGCCAUAAUCAAUAUUGCUAUCAUUUAUAAAAAAAGCAACUUUUUUCAGAGUCUUAAUUCUAUUUAAAUUCCAAUAAACUUAUUUAAUAUGCUUGAUCUGAUUUUCACCUUUCUUUAACUCAAUAUUGAGAUUUAAUACUUCCAACAUUUUAAGGCUCUCUGUAAGUUUUAUAAGAUCCUCAUAAUUUGA